AUGGCGGCAAGAAAGCUACAAUCGGAAAUUGACCGAACCCUAAAGAAGGUCUCGGAGGGCGUUGAGCUCUUUGAGAGCAUAUACGACAAGAUGCAGUCGUCAACGAACCAGACUCAGAAGGAGAAGCUUGAAAACGACCUCAAGACGCAGAUAAAGAAGCUUCAACGUCUCCGUGAUCAAAUAAAGACUUGGGUUGCCAGUAAUGACAUCAAGGACAAGUCGGUAUUGUUGGAGAACCGCAGACUUAUUGAAACACAAAUGGAGAAGUUCAAGGCUUGCGAAAAGGAGAUGAAGACAAAGGCAUUCUCUAAAGAAGGUCUCAUACAAGCCGCGAAACUCGAUCCGAAGGAGCAGGAAAAGGAGGAGGCAACAAGUUGGCUACAGUCACAAGUGGAAGAGCUUCAGAUGCAGGUGGAGGGGACGGAGGCAGAAGUGGAGGCAUUGCAAGGAACUGGGAAGAAGCGGAAGGGUACAUCUAACGCGGCUGGACGCCUGGAGGAACUUGAGCGCCUGAACGAGAGACGGAAAUGGCAUAUUAGUCGCUUGGAAAUCGUCCUCCGUCUGCUCAAUAAUGGUUCGCUACCAGCGGAGAAGGUCAUGGGUCUGAAAGACGACGUGCAGUAUUUCGUGGAAAGCAAUACGGAUGAGGAUUUCGACGAGUAUGAGGGCAUUUAUGAUGAGCUGAACUUGGACGAAGAGGAGGAGAAGUUCGGCCUGGUACAAGAUGAGGACGGCAGUGAGGACUCUGAUGAAGCUAGAGAAGAUCUACCUCCUCGGACACCGUCAACGAAGAAACACGAUGAAGAGAGUAUAACGAGUAGUAAACGUGACGAAAGUCCCAUAUUGAGGAAGGCGACAGCAACACUACAAUUGCGCAGUAAACCCUCACCAACACCGGCAUUCUCACAACCUGCCGUUAAGGCUGUACCCCCAACCACUCCGGCUCGAUCGAAUAUGACACCUAUACGAUAUGCUGCCGCUGCAGCGGCAGCAGUUGCAACACCACUGACGACGCAAACAACGACGCCAGCAUCCCAAGCGCCUGCUACUUCGUCUUCUCAUCUACCUGCUUCAUCUUCAGGACAGCCUCCGGUAUCGUCGUCGCUUACACAAGAUUCGUUGUCUGGUGUCUCCUCGUCUCCGAGUUUGACACAUCCUUCUGUCACCAGCCCCAUGUUGUCAUCAUCAGCUUCAGUGUCACAGCAGCCUGAUGGCUCGUUCUACUCAGGACAAGAGUCCCCGGCAUUGUCAGACGCUGUGGUAAGUUCUAUUGGUGCCCCCGCUGCCGCUUCUUCCCCCCAGCGUCGGAAAGCUUCGAUAUCAUCGCCGCUCGUACCGUCACAGCUUCCCAAUAAACCGGCGAUAUCAUCACCUCUCCUCACUUCGGCCACACUUUCACAAUUGAACGGCACAUCGCAACAGAAUACUCAAGCCAUGCCUUCAUCAGCAGCGCCUCCCCUUCCAGAGCAAGCGCAGUAUACGCAGACUCUGGCAGCACCACCAAAUCCCACUGAUGUCCCAUCGCCUAGUCCCUCCGCAGCACAAGCCAUGCAGUUCCCGCCUGGCGUCAAGAUCCCCCAAGGACCAGAGCAAGCCUCUACGUCCCAGAUGCCUACCUCUCAGCAGCAAUUGCCUGUGGCUAGCGCGAGACCUCCGUCGACAAACCAAUCGCAGCCGCCACCUCGAUCCUCUACUGCAAGCGCCUUCCCCGGCUCCUUGUCUGACUUGGUGACCUCGUUUGAAGGAGUUAAGCAGAAGGCUGCUAUGCGGAUGUCGAACCUAGACCAGGUGCACAAAAUGCUGGAAGGAGGUUACCCGAACAUGCCUCAACCUCAAGACACUGCAAAACCGAAGUAUUAUGUCCCUCGAACGCCGUUCCAAACGCCACCUUAUUACCCACAAUCACCUCAUCCUUUACUAAACACGGCCGGUAUCUUCUCCCAACUAGACGUGGAGACGCUCUUCUACGUGUUCUACUUCCUUCCAGGGACAUACCAGCAGUAUCUCGCAGCAAAGGAAUUGAAGCGACAGUCUUGGCGCUUCCAUGUGAAGUACCUUACGUGGUUCCAAAGACACUCAGAACCGCAAGCCAUCACUGAAGAGUAUGAGCAGGGGGUAUAUGUAUACUUCGACUGGGAAGGUUCAUGGUGUCAACGGAAGAAAGCAGACUUCCGCUUCGAGUACCGAUAUCUCUCAGAGGAUUAG